AUGCACGACUAUUUUUUGAGGACCAAAUUUAAUCUUCUGAACAGCGGACUUUUCAACAGCCUCUACAGAAAUGGUUCCAAGUAUAGAAGUGAUGAAGGGGGAAAGAACCCGGACGUGGGGAGACCUUCUUCGAAUUCGUUUAGCACCGACACACACCUUCCCGAUAGGAGGAAGAAAGAACUGAAUGAUCAGCUGAUUUACUCGUACUACAACAACUUUGCGAAUGAGAGAACUGCACGGGCGCAGCAAGAUCGUAGUGGGCAACAAGAAAGAAGCGGUAAACACGGUGGAGGUGGAAAACACGACUCCAGCGGAAGUGACCGCUCCAGAAGCGAUCGCGGGAAAGGUGAGCACCCCGACCUGAACGCUCUGUACGACGACGCUGGUGGGAACUUCACCAAAGGCAACUGCAACAUGCACCUGAACGGGCGCGGAAAGGCCUUCCUGGACUACCGGCCGUAUGGCCACAAGGACAAGGAAAUGCUCUGCGCGGAAAACACCAACCAAGUGAUCAAGGAAGAAACCUUUUUUUACGAAGAAUUUAAAAAGCUAAAAAACGACGUUAUAGCACUACAAAUUAUGAACGUGAACCUCCAAAAACAAGUAUUAGCUAACCACACCAUGAUGGGGCCUUCCAAGGUGAUUCCACAACACAUCAUAAUUAACAACAAAACGGAAGUGGCCUCCAAUGCAAUCAGCCAAAUUCAGGACAACAAGAAAAAAAACAACGGGUUUCUAUACAUGCUACUGAAGAAGCUGCUGAGCAGUAGGCUGACGCAAAUGGUUUUCGUGUCGUCUUUUUUCAUUUCCAUAUAUUUGUUUAACAAGCACUGGCAGCGCGCCCUGAAGGUGUCUCAACUAGAGAGGCGCAUCAACUCCAAUUUCAUCCUCAGGAGCGUGCGUAUGUUUGAGGAGACCCUGGGCGUACGCAAGUUCAGCUACCAGUAG